UGUCACAUCACUGGAUUACCCUCUGAAGGCCAAAUGCCAUCCUUACCUGAGCAAGAUGAAGGUGGGGAAGAUGAAGUUGAAGCUGAGGUUGAAGAGAAAGAACCUGGGGCGGUGGCAGAUAUGUACCUUGGUGGCUCAGUGGAUACUACCUUUGAGAAGUUCAAGGAAAUACUUCAAAAUUUGAGGCCUUCCAGACGAGGUGAUCCAAUUGAUACUGUGAAGUUAGCCUCUUUGUACUUUGUUCAGUGUGUAUUGCUAGCCAAAGACAGGACCACGAAGAUAAAUCCUGACUUCGUAAGAUUGGUCAAUGAUUUUGACAAUUCAAAGCUUAUCUGUGGGCUAAGGAGGCUUACAAGUUAUUGGUCACCCAUUUGAAGGGUUUAAUGGUUGGGCAACCGAAGAAGUUUAAAGAACGCAAAGUUCACUGUCUAUGGUGCUCCAUUAGUUCUACAGGUUUGGGCAUACAAAGCAAUACUAGAACUUGGGAAAAACUUUGCCAACAAGGUGGGUGAUACAAAGGUGCCUAUAUUACACUGGAGUGCGGAUUGAAUCUUCCGGAUGAGAAAGCUUAAAAAACCAUGUUUGCUGAUGUAUGUGUCAUUAUUUAUGGUAAUUACAUAUACCAUAUACCCUUAUUUGUAAUCUAAUGUACAUCAUUUCCUUUAUGGUACGAGGACGAAACAACUUCCAGUUCUGAUGGAGGAGAAUCUAAUGAAGGACAAGAAGACAAUGAAGAUGAGCAAUCAUGGAAGGAAGAGUUGGAAACAUUUUAGAAGUUAAAUAUCAUGGAGCGGAUGCUGGACGUGUGUAUGUGUGCUGAAAGAAUGGACACAGGCUCUCUAAAAUGAAGGACCUAAUUCUUCAGUUGAUUAGCAAAGGUAACCCAUCAGGGGGCAAAAAGGAUAAGAGGGCUGAUUCUGUACACCAUGAGGAGGAGGAAGCAAACAUUGUGGAUGAACAAGAGCCAAGCAAGGGUGAGGAGAACAUUCUGUCCGGGGAAUCAUCUACACUUGCAUGCCCCAUACAUCAUGAGCAGGUUAUUAGUGUUGAUGACAUUCUGAUGAAUGCUAUGACUGAGCAUUUGGAUGCUCUUAUGUAUCUAUUUGGAAAGGCAUGGUGGAGAAGCGUUAUGAAUUAAUGAGUCCUUACUUUGUGCAUCAACUUCUGAAGAAGGACCUGGGGAAUGACAAGAUGUGGUGUGGGUGUGUUAAAGGCAAGGACUUCACAGUUGUAGAAAAGGUUUUCACCCCCUUCAAUUGGGAUGGCAAACAUUGGGUGGUUGUAGAGACUGACCUUGUUCAUAGAUUGUUCCGAGUGUACAACUCCUUGAAGUUGAGUAGGAUGGUCUCAUCUGUGCACCAUUUGUGUGUACGAUUGCCACACCUUUGUAGGGCGAUAAAAUGUAGCCAUGCUGUUUGUGAAUCAGGAAACAUGGAACCUUGGAUAGCCGAGGCAGUGGACGAUGUACCGCAACAAGAAGGAAGUGGUGAUUGCGGUGUCAUGGUUGCGGCCUUUGUGGAGGCAUUGAUGUGCGAUGUACCCUUGAUGUGUGAUGGGAGUUUGCUGUGCGGCUGUGGCGUUUGAGGCGAAUGACACCAUAUAUUGUAUUAAAUGAAGCUUUUGUAAAUGAAGUUAUGUAAAACCAACAUUGUGCUGCCUACCUUUUUUGUCAUAACUUAUGCAACACAAACACUGUUUUGUCUGCGUCUACCUCUUUUGGCCAUAACUUAUGUUGUAUAAACACUAAUUUUGGUUAAGCGAACCAUAUAUUGGUUGUGCCUUGGUAUAUAAUUGCGACUGUCUGUGUGUCAUA